GGAGACAAUUUUACAAAACAUUAAACAUGAAGUACUCGAGGGACCUGAUCGUCGCAUGCAUGCUGAUUGGUUUGGUUGUGCGCAGUCAGGCCGCACCAUCUUCAAGAAGAUCGCGAGCGGCCGCGCUGCCAGAAGCAACGAGCGGUCGCCAGAGCAAACUCACAGAAGAAUACAAAGAAGAUGGCACUACGGCAUCGCCGGCACCACCCACAAACAGGAGAAACAAAGCGUUGAAUCUCUUUGGUUACUUCCCAUCCUUUCUGUCGUCGGGUUUAGAUUAUAACGAAGACGAUGACGAUGACGUCACUUUUGCCGUCAACGACGACCAUUUCGAUGAUGACGAUUUGUCUAGAACCAUCCCUUCAAGACGCCGACAGCAGAAUAAGAAGAAAAACGGCAACGGAGACAAUUAUCAAAACGAUAACUUAAAUUCACUGCAAUACGACAACUCUCCCAUUUUCUACAUCAGACUGCCUCCGACUCCGUACAUGUUCGUACCCGGUCUCGGUUACGUUUCUCAGCCUCCUAACCUAGGGCCUCCUAUGGGACCACCGAUGCCUCAGAGUGUGCCUCAAGUGGAUCCGUUCAUAAACCUGCCUUUAGACUUCGUGUCAAACGGGAAACCUACAGGCGUAUACCAAUGGGGCAGUAAUGGUGGGUAUCCUCAAAUGCCCCAGGUACCACAAAUGCCUCAGAUGCCUCAAAUGGAUCCGUUCGGCUACGGCGGGCAGCCGAUAAUGCAGCCAAUGCAGAGGCCUAGCUACAACAACUUGCCUUCGUACUCCAAGCCCAAGCCUAAACCGGCGCCUACUAAUUCUAAAGUCACUAAUCUUAAAGGUCAAUACGUUUUUAAUGGGAAACCUAAUGACAGCGUUUACGUUUUGCGAGACACGUAUAACUCCAUAUAUUCUGAUGCGCUGCAGAACUUCUAUCCUUAAAGAGAAUCUGAUAUAGCUAGGAAGUGUUAAGCUGGCUCGUAUCGAGCUAAACGUAUUUUCAAUCAAACGCAAUGAAAUGUGUGAAGUCAGUACGACUUUUGGUGAAUUUAAUUAAGAAAGCAAUGUCCAGUCAACGAAUUACAAAUCCGGUUUCAUGAAAAACAUCAGUGUAGAUUUUAUUUUUGUAGUUGGUUGCUUCACAAAUCAUGUUAGUAAUAUCUAAAAUUAUUUGAAAAUUUAAAUCAGUGGUCCAUUUUGUGUAAUAAUUCUCUUAACCAUGACGACUGCCAAGAGUGCCAAGUCAAUGCAAAUAAAAUGUCAGGAUUUUGUGUUUGACUUUAUGGUGAAAAAUAACCGAAGUGUCCCUUGGUUGGGAAAAUGUUUAAAACACUGAUUUGAACAACGUAACUACAGUCAAAGGUAAACAUAUUGAUGUGACCAAUUAAAGAAAAAGUAUAUAUAUAGGUACCUACGAUCUUAUAAUAUUACGGCAAUAAGUUCGAGUAGAAGUAUAUACUAUAUUCUGUAUCUUUAGGUAUUUAAAUAAAAGUAAACAAAAUCCACCCUCAAAUGGCUCCUUAAGCCAGUUGUGGGUAAACAUUAAUGAUCAAAUAAUGUUGUUUAAAGUCAGGUCGUUCAGUGACCGAUCUAGGCGGUUUUGUAAUUGGUCGGUUAACCAAUAAAUUUAUAAAUUGUUUGUUUACUUUUAUUUAAAUACAUAAAGAUUCAGAGUAUAGACGUCUACGUUAAGUCUGCGCCGACUUGCCUGAGCCAAAGUAUUACCGUAUUACCUACCAUGUACCUUGAAAUUAGCAGUCUUAGUGUAGAUGAAGAAAGACCUUCAUCUAUUUGUUUGUUAAAUAUGCCCAAUUGGCCUCAUCGAUAUUUUAUCAAUGACUGUGGAACUAAUGACUAAACUAAAUGACUACUUGAAUGCAUAAUAAUAGAAUAUGAAUGAAAAUAGUAAAAUAGCGGAGUCAUUUUACAGUUGGGUUUAAAAUACCCAUGAUAAGUACCCUUACGUAAACUUAGCCUGUCGAUAUUUAAUGUGAUUAAUGUUAAUUUUUAAUUUGUGUUAUAAGUAGCUAGACGUUUUAAUUAAUUUAUAUUACCAUAAUACACUAUGUUUGUAACAAAUGUAUCCUUUUCAGCAAUCUUUGUCGAUGGUUCGAUUAAGUAUAAAGGAGGUAUUUCGAAAACCACUAAAAUUUUCAUAAUCUAUAAUUUGACUUCUCGAAAAUAUUUUAUUUAAUAACUUAAAAACAUAAAUGUAUUUGAAGCCGGAGUGCUGCAAUUUAAUUUAAGUGCACAACCUAUUGACAAAUAUUUAAUGGUAGGUAAUAAAAUGACAUUAUAAAAAUGAAAUGAUUAAGUACCUACUAAUUUGUUACUAAAUCAUUUGGCUACAAAUACGUACUUAGACAAAUAAUUAUUGUUGUUUACGGGUCUAUAUUAGAUCGCGUAAUAAUUGAUUGUCCUAAUGUAAUAUUACGCAUAAAACUCAUUUCGCAUAAUUGUUAUUGUGCUGAAACUAAUAACAUUUCUAAAAAAUUAUAAAACAAACCUAACCUAACCUACCCUACACAACCUAUGCAAAAUAUUUUCGAAAAUACUCUUUGUUUCUGCUGGAGAAAAAUUAUGCGAAACAUUACAUUAGGACAAUCAAUUACCUAUUAUGCGACGAGAUCGGCACCCGUUGAUUACUACCUAAGUAUAUCUUGAUUGGAAAGACCCUAGGUACUCUACUUAUGACUUAGGGUGGUAUUGCACUUGUCCAAGAUCUUUGUCCUAUGUGUAUUUGCGUCUCAAAUUUUUGCUUUAUAUUCUUUGUCAACAUAUUUUUGGACAAGCUUGAGCCUAUUGUGCUUCUCUCAUAUACCUACGCAUGUAAUGUAUCAGUGUUUUCAAACACAUUUACAUUAACAUAACUAUGACAGAAAAUAUUAUUGAUAAUCGUUAAUACGCUAGCUAUGGUUAAAAUCUAAUUUGAAAAUAAGUAGGUAACUUUUUAAGUCAAUCUAACUACAAGGCCAGAGCACUAGGCUGUGUGUGCGUAGACGUGCACGUGCGCGCACGCUAAAAUGUUGGAGCCGCGCACGCAUACGUCACGCAAGUGGUGUGCCUUCUCUCAUAAAGAUCUGUAUACUACAACGCGCACGUGCACGUCUACGCCACGCAUGCGGUGUGCACAGGCCUUUUUAGGUUUAAACUAAUUUGCUCAUCAACUAUUUAUUUAUGUCUAUAGUCGAUAAGUUUUUAUAUUAAUGUACGUACAAAUUAAGAACCGAUUUUCCGUCCACUAUAUAUUAUAUUUAGGUUUUAGAUAAUUAUUUCCUGAG